AUGACCUUACAACCCCCUGCCACCCCGCCGUCCCGCUGUCAAUCGCAGGGCUCACAGAAAGCGAGAACAAGAGGAGGAGGAGGAGAGAGGAGAGAGAGAGAGAGAGGGGCGGAGAGGGAAGCGAUACCGAACCCAAAACAACAAAAAAAAACGAGACUUGUUGCUUCUCUCUCUCUCUCUCUCUCUCUCUCUCUCUCUCUCUCUCUCUCUCUCUCUCUCUCUCUCUCUCUCUCUCUCUCUCUCUCUCUCUCUGUCUCUCUCUCUCUCUCUCUCUCUCUCUCUCUCUCUCUCUCUCUCUCUCUCUCUCUCUCUCUCUCUCUCUCUCUCUCUCUCUCUGUCUCUCUCUCUCUCUCUCUCUCUCUCUCUCUCUCUCUCUCUCUGUCUCUAAUGGCUCCGAGCCACUAUGUGACUGAGAGUGAGGUGCAGCAAGUGUUGACGUACGACGCCCUGAUCCCCACCAUGGCCCAAGCUCUGCAUGCCUUUGCCAUGACGGACGCGGUGCAGCAGCCCACCCGGCAAGCCUUGAUUCUACCAGACAAUAACGGCUUUAUUGGAUCCAUGCCGGCAUUUGCUCCCGCCAGUGGUGCCGGCCUCAAGAUUGUCUCCUUCUUCCCAGAAAAUGCCGCCCGCAGCCUGCGCACUCACAUGGCUCAUAUUUUGAUGUAUGAUACAGAGACCGGCGCCUUAACCGCCAUGCUCGAGGGCGAAGAAAUUACAGCCAUGCGCACAGCUGCUUGCUCUGCCGUCUCGGCUCAGCUUCUGGCUCCACUAAAAGCACGCAAAGCCGCCAUCAUUGGCACUGGUGUCCAAGCUCAAACUCACAUCCAAGCCUUGUGCACCGCGCUCAAUCUUCAAGACGUGUGCAUCCAUGGCCGCUCCCGAACCAAAGCCAACGCACUAGCCUGCCUUCUCGACUCCCGCUUUCCUGUCCGCGCAACAGACACGCUGGAAGAAGCCCUAGAUCAAGCAGAUGUCGUGGUCACCGUCACUUCUUCACCAACCCCGGUUCUAGGCUCCCAAAACCUGAAAGCAGAUGCACACGUCAUUAGCGUCGGGGCCUGUCGUCCUGAUUGGUGUGAGGUGGAACGUGAGGUCGUCUUGGAACGUCAGGUCUUUGUUGAUAGCCAAGAUGGCGCUUGGAAGGAAGCCGGUGACAUUAUCCAAUAUCAACCCGCGGUGACCCGAGAGCUGGGCGAGCUUGUGGGUACGGAUACCAGCGCAUUGCGCAGUGAACCGACUUUUUUCAAGUCUCUCGGCAUGGGCAUUGAAGAUGUGUACGCAGCACGCCUCGUGCUCGACAUGCUAGCCCAAGAACAACAGUCGCCAUAG